GAACUAAUGUUAAUUUGUAAACUCACUUCACCCGGGUGCCAUUCUUCCUGUGUUAAUGAUAUAUAUUCUUCUGCUAGCUCGUGGAUUUAGUUUCUGAUUGCUCAUAAGUUCUGCCGACUUCAAGAAGAAGAUUAGAAGAAAGGAAAACCCGGGUCGGGUGAGAUGUCCCUAUUAUAUCUUUCGCCUUCUCCUAAAUGCUUAAAAUCCCUAAUUCCUAAAGUAGCAGUUUAGUCGCGCUUCCAUCGAAUGGCUGUGGAACCUGAGAAAGCUAAUUCUGAAGACCCUCAACAGACAGUUUGCAGUUUCUUCAGAAAGCCAUCAAAGGCCAAAAACAUCAGAAAACGUACUGCCAUUGAAGAGGGUGAGAACGAAGAUGGAGAUUCGAAAGACGAGACUUCAGUAGUAUUUAAUAAGAAGAAGCCAGCAGUUGCUGACAACAAGCUGCACUUUUCUACUAGGCCCUCAAAGCGGGAGAUAACCUCAGAAUCUGAUGCAGAUUCUAAAAGGUCUCUUUUUCAGUUCGAGUCUUCGAGGGAGAUUCAGGUUCAGAAUGAUAAUAAAGCAACUGCUACGCUGGAAACUGAGACGGAGUUCUCAAAAGAUGCCCGGGCAAUUAGGGAGCGAGUUCUCAAGCAAGCAGAAGAGGCCUUGAAAGGGAAAAAUGAGAAGACUGGGGAUGAGAAAUUGUAUAAGGGGAUACAUGGAUAUACUGACUACAAGGCAGGUUUCCGGAGAGAGCACACAAUUUCCAGCGAGAAAGCUGGUGGAUCACAUGGUCCUCUUAGAGCUUCUGCUCACAUUAGAGUUUCUGCCAGGUUUGACUAUCAGCCAGAUAUCUGUAAGGACUACAAAGAAACUGGAUAUUGUGGCUAUGGAGACUCAUGCAAGUUUAUGCAUGAUCGAGGGGAUUAUAAGUCGGGAUGGCAGCUGGAAAAGGAGUGGGAUGAAGCAGAGAAAGCCAAGAAGAGAAGAAUGGAAAUGGGAAUGGUCGAUGAUGAUGAAAGUGCAGAGCAGAGUGAUGAUGAUGAAGAUGAUGCGAUACCCUUUGCAUGUUUCAUCUGUAGGCAACCUUUUGUCGACCCCGUUGUGACAAAGUGCAAGCACUACUUCUGUGAGCAUUGUGCAUUAAAGCAUCAUGCAAAAAAUAACAAGUGCUUCGUGUGCAACCAGCCUACACUUGGGAUAUUCAAUACUGCUUUUGAGAUACGCAAGAAGAUGGCUGUUGAAGGAAAAUGAGGAACCUUGUCGUUUUUCUGUUAACUCUGGUUGGAGUUGAGAAGUGGAUGUAGUUUGUUACUUUCAACUUAUUGUCAUCCCUAAUGGCGACUGAGCUUCUUCCUUCAUUCCACCAUGCUCGAAUCGCCAUGACGAUGCAUGAAAUCAAUCAAGUUUGAGGAAACUACUAAAGCACCGGAAAUUUGAAGAUGAAGACAUCAAAUUGUUUGAUGCAGUCAAGAUUGACCAGCAAUGGAAAUAUGACACUAGUCAAGGGAGGAAAAUGCCAUCAAUCAAAUUAGAAUAUAGAUUGAAGUAUGAACGCAUUGCUCAAUUUAAAAUAGUAUGCCGUGGAAGUGUGGAGUUUGCAUCAUACAAGCUAUUUUUAAUCCAUUUGAGCCUUUUUUUUUUCUUUCAACUAAUACAUCAGUUU